ACACCCCCACGCUUACGUCACCGGCCCGGUUCCCUCUCCCGGGAGCGGUGGUGGAUGCGCGGCUCCCACCCCCUCCCCGGUGGCGGCCGCGGCCCUACCCUCUGCAAGGCGAUGGCCCAGGCCCCGAGCGCAGGCUAGCGUGCCUGGGUGCCCGGCCAUGGGCUGUAUCGGCUCUCGGAGCCCGUCAGGUCAGGCAUUUCUGGGGACCACCAGCUGGCUGAGGCUCAGGGACAGAGACGGCUGCUCCAGCUAAAGUGGCCUCGGACCCCUCGUGGGCUGUGGAGUGGAUCGAACUUCCUCGGGGCCUCUCUCUAUCUUCCUUGGGAUCUGCUCGGACCCUCCGAGGCUGGAGCCGGUCCUCCCGCCCUUCCUCCGUGGACAGCCAGGACUUGCCAGAGGUGAAUGUUGGAGACACAGUCGCGAUGCUGCCCAAGUCCCGGAGAGCCCUAACUAUCCAGGAGAUUGCUGCACUGGCCAGAUCCUCCCUGCAUGGUAUUUCCCAGGUGGUGAAGGACCACGUGACCAAGCCCACCGCCAUGGCCCAGGGCCGAGUGGCUCACCUCAUUGAGUGGAAGGGCUGGAGCAAGCCAAGUGACUCGCCUGCUGCCCUGGAAUCAGCCUUUUCCUCCUAUUCAGACCUCAGCGAGGGUGAACAAGAGGCUCGCUUUGCAGCAGGAGUGGCUGAGCAAUUUGCCAUUGCAGAAGCCAAGCUUCGGGCAUGGUCUUCAGUGGAUGGUGAGGACUCCACGGAUGAAUCCUAUGAUGAGGACUUUGCUGGGGGAACUGACUCAGAUAUGGCUGGGCAGCUGCCCCUGGGGCCUCACCUCCAGGACCUCUUCACCGGCCACCGAUUCUCCCGGCCUCUGCGCCAGGGCUCUGUGGAGCCUGAGAGCGACUGCUCGCAGACCGUGUCCCCAGAGACCCUGUGCUCUAGUCUGUGCAGCCUGGAGGACGGGUUGCUGGGCUCCCCGGCCCGCCUGGCUUCCCAGCUGCUGGGCGACGAGCUGCUCCUCGCCAAACUGCCCCCCAGCCGGGAAAGUGCCUUCCGCAGCCUGGGCCCAUUGGAGGCCCAGGACUCUCUCUACAGCUCGCCCCUCACAGAGUCCUGCCUUUCCCCUGCCACCGAGGAGGAGCCAGCCUCCUGCAAGGACUGCCAGCCGCUCUGCCCGCCACCAGCAGGCAGCUGGGAAUGGCAGCAGCAAGCCUCUGAUGUAGCUUCUUCUGGGGUGGUAUCCUUAGACGAGGAAGAGGUGGAGCCAGAGGAACAGUGACCCAAAUCAUGCCCAGUGGUGGCAUGUGUCCCCUGGCUGCUGCUGGGGACAGAGCCUCCGUGCCCCAGCUCGGGUGAGGCUUCCAGCAGAGCUUCAAAGCCUGGAGGGCUCCUGGGAGCACUCACUCCGUUGUGUGUUUUGCAUGAAAGUGUUCCAGAGGAGGCAGGGGCCAGGCUGGGGGCGCAUGUCCUGCCCCCACUCCUGGGGUUUGCCGGGGGUUGCCCGGGGCCCCUGGGGCAUGGCUACAGCUGUGGCAGACAGUGAUGUUCAUGUUCUUAAAUCAAAAACACCACGUACACAUUUUCUCCUCAGAUGAUGUGAACCCCUAAGGGGGCGGUUGUGACUGGGCUUUGUGGGGUAGAGCGGGAGGGAGCCUGGCCUCCCCUGCCCCGUCCCCCUGCCUCUCUUCUCUGCUUCUCUCCUCACCUCCGAGUCCAUGUGCAGUGCUUGACAGAAUCAUCCCCUCUAGGGGGGCCGGCUCUGACCCUCCAGGAGCGGACAGAUUAAGCCGCCCCUCGAGGGCCCCUUGCCCACCUGGGCUCGUGCUGUGCUUCACCUCUCCAUCGUCUCUAAAUCUUCUUUUUCCUAAAGAGGGGUAUGGUCUGUUCUUUCAGUGGAAUCUUCUCUGGGAGGCACUGGAAUGAUGAAAGCCUGUACUCUCUUGGUCCUUUUCCUGGCCCCUGUGAUGGGGUCUGGGCCCUUUCCCAGCCCCUUGUGGGCAGGGUCCUGGGGCCUCACAGCCAGCAGGCUGCCCCAUUCACUCAGAGCUCUCUUUCGGGUGGUGGUGUUGGAAGAAGGGAUGGCUCUGGUUGCCAGAGUGGAGAUUUGGAUGUUCUUCUGGAGAGGGCCACAAGGGGGCCACACAGUGGCCGGGCAGUUGUCUGCAGGAGUUGUGCCAACGAGGGACAGUCCUGAGGAGUGUCUCUCCUCAGGGAGGAGAGAAGGUAGUGCCUUUCUUGGCUGAAUGAAAGGACAAAACUACCUUUCUAGGGGCCUCUGCCCCAGCCAGGGUAUUGAUGAGCAAAUGGUGAUGGCCUCUGCAGAUCCUGCAUUCCAUGGACUGCGGGCUCUGGAGUGUUACAGCCAUGGUGGGUGUGGGUGGCUGCUGAAUUUGGAGCCUUGUCGGCUUUGGCAAGUGAGAGGGCCCAAGGUAAGAACAGAGCUGAUGGGCACAGGCAUUCUAUAUAUAAGUGGCUCAUUAGGUGUUUAUUUUGUUCUAUUUAAGAAUUUGUUUUAUUAAAUUAAUAUAAAAAUCUU